AUGUUCGUUUUAUAACAAAGAGUGCUAGAAAGUAAUCCAAGUGAUUAUUAUUGUAGAGUGCAUAAUCGACAUCACUAAGAAAGCAUUUGGAGAUCAAUUAGAAAUUGAGAAUAGAGGUGCAUUCCUUAAUCGGAUAAAAGAAAUCACAUUGGAAGCAUUUUAACUUAAUUAUGGAGAAGAGAUCUUCUUACUUCAAUAAGAAUUGAGAUAAUCUUAGGAGGUGAUUGAAAAGGCAAAGCUAGAUUAUUUGGAUAGAGAAUAAUAGUUAAUCAUGAGUCUUGAGCAAAAGUUGCAAGAACAAUAAAUAUUGCAAUUAAAAGAAUUGAAUAGCCUCUAAGAAAUGCAUGAUGAACAAAUUCAGCUUAAUAAAAAGCUAUCACUCAAUCUAGAUAGGGUAAAUAGAUAGAAUAGUGAACUUGCUUAAUAAAAUGAUCAAUUGAAUAAAGAAAUUUCAAAUUUGAAAGAAACUUAUAGUUAAUUUGAAUCGUAAUAAAAACUUAAAAAUCAAGAGGUUUUUGAAUUUAGACAAAAGUUUGAACAAUAAUAGUCUUCUAAUUAAGUACUUGAGUAGUAGUAUAAAACUAUGAAGUAAGAAAUGGAAAAAGUAAUUAAAGAGAUGCAUAGAAAGAAUCAAUUAUAAAUUGAUGAGAAUGUUAUAGUGGAAAAUGAAGUAUAAAGAUUGAAAUGGGAAUACGAGCAAUUAAAAUCAAAGAAGCAUUAAGAAUAUCAAAAAUACAAGGAAGCUUUAGAGUAGCUGAAAUUAAAAAGUUCCAAUAAAAUAAGGGAUUAUAAAUAGAAACUAAAGGAAGUUUAAAAUAAAGAUGCCUUCAUUGUGGAAUUAUAGGAUUAAAUCAAAGAAUUAUAAGAGCAUAUCGAAUUUCAAUAAGGGUAACAUAAGUAAACAAUAAAAGUUUUAGAGGUGCAGUAUAAAAAGCAAUUUGAAAACUUAGAGCAGAAUAUGGAGUAGGAGAAAUCCUUAAUCUAGCAACAUUUAACUAAAAGUUUAGAAACCACCUUAAACGACAAAGAUAGAGAAGUAUUAAGUUUAUUCUCUUAAACAUAAUAAUUGAAGUAAUCUCUAUAGAAUGAGCAGGAUAACAAAUAGAGAAGCAUCUUAAAAUUGGAAGAUCAGAUUAAAUAAAUAAAUUAAUAGAGAGAUGAUUUGAGUGAUGAGAUUCAAGAAUAACAAUUAAAGAUAGAGCAUUUAGAGUAAGAAUUGAUCAAGAAAGAUUAAAAUAUAAAGUUGUUAUUGAAUGAUAUUGAUGAAUUGCGUCAAUUCUCUGAAUAGACAUUGAAUACUUUAAGAGAGAACUAAGACUACUUGAGUGAAUUGGAAAGAGAGAAGCAAUAAUAACAUGAGAUAAUAGAAAAUAUCUAGAACUAAUUAGAAAUCGAAAUUAAGGGUUCCUUUUCAUAUAAGCGAUUAGGAGAGGAAUUGGAAUAGAGAUGUAAAUUAUUUAAACAAGAGCAUAGUUUAAUGUUGGAGGAAUAAUUAAAAAGAUAGGCUUCUUGUGAACAAGAAAUUGAUAAACUCAGCAAUGAAAAUUAAUAAAACAUUCUUAAUUUUGAAAACCAAUAAAAGAAAUUAAAGUUGGAGUUUAAAUUGUAAUCUGAAGAAUAAAUGAGACAGUAUAAUUAAUUAGAGAAAGAAUCAUAGUAAAUGAAUGAAUAAAUCGAGAGCUUAGAAAAGUAGCAUUAAGAAUUAAUCUAAGAUUUGGAGUCAUAUAUAGCAUAAUACACAAAUGCUUUAACUUAAAUAGAAGAACUUAAGAAUAAGGAAAAUGAUUUAAUCUAAAUUUAAAGCAAGAAUUAGAAAAUCUGGGAUAAUGAGAAAUAAGUGCUCUCUUCAUAAUUGGAGGAUCAAAAAGUGUAAUUUAAUAAGUUAAAACAAAAAGUAAUUAGAUCAAUUUGCAAAUAGAAGGAAUAAUUAAAAUAGUAAUUGAUUGAGACUAAAUAAUUUAUCUAACACAGAUUUAAAAGCUAUGAUAUUGAUAUUAGGGAGUUCUUGUCUAGUUAAAUUAAAAAAAUCCUUUAGGUAGUAAUACAUAUUUAUAUUAAGUUAUCGAAUUAGGAGUUAUAUUUGGAGAAGAGAAAUCAUGAAGUUAUUUUAAAAGAAUUUGAAUUAGAAUUCGACAGAAAGGUUGAUUAAGUCAAAAGAGAGUAUAAAUUGAUUUAAGAGGAAUCAGAUAUUGUUAUAAAAUAAAAGAUAUAAUAGAUUUACUAGUGUGAUCAAUCAAUCAAUGAUUUAAAGAGGCAAUUAAGUCUUAAAUUGUAGGAGUAUGAUAAUUUAUAAUCGCAAUUCUAAGUUUCUAAUGAGCUAUGCAAAGAAUUACAAAAAAAAGCAGAGAUUGAAUAAAUACAUUCCUAGAAAUUGAUUUCUUCUUUAUAAGAAGAAUUGUAAAUAAUUUUGAAUACUAUUUAGAAUCCAAAUUUAGCAAACUGUAGAUUUUACAUAGAAGGAGAGAUAAUACUUUGAAUAACGAUAUAAUGAUUUUAAAGUUAUGUCAGAAAGGAAAUUGGAUUAGGUUUCUCGAGAAUACUAAUAGUAAAUUCAAUAAUUAGAAGUUUUGGUAUAAAAAAACGAAAAAGUUGAUUAAUCACCUGUUUUCCUUAAGCAUUCUCUAUCAUCUAGUUAAGGAUUCCAUCGAUCUCCCAAUAUGAUUAAACAAUAGUGUAGAAAUUCAUUUAUUUACUUAGAUCCUUAUUAAAAACCACCAAAUUAUGGAUCUCCUACUCUACGAACACCUAACAAAUCUCCAAUCAACGAAAGAGCUGAUAAAACCAUAGAGGAGUUGAGAGUGGAAAUUCAUUAACAAAAAGAAAAACUUUCUAGAAUGAAGUUAAACUUUACGGAAUCUCAGAAGAAAUCCAAAAUUGCAUCAAAGUAUUGA